UACUUGCAAUCAAAUACAUGACCAUGGGGGAUAUGAAGACCCCAGAUUUCGACGACCUUCUUGCAGCGUUUGACAUACCAGACAUGGUUGAUCCAAAAGCAGCUAUUGAGUCUGGGCACGAAGACCACGAAAGCCACAUAAAACAAAAUGCUCAUGCAGAUGAAGAUUCUCAUGUGCCAUCAUCAUCUGAUGUCGGCGUGAGCGUCAUUGUGAAAAACGUGCGUACUAUUGAUUCUUCCGAAGGAGUGGACAAGGACGGCCACCAUUCCACGGGCAAUGGCUUGCAUAACGGCUUUCUGACCUCAUCAGCUCUUGAUAGUUACAGUAAAGAUGAAGGGAAGUCGCUUAAAGAUGACGAGUCAGCUGCUGAGACUACACUGAAGGAUUCAGCUUUCAACCAGUUCAGUCCAAUAUCAAGUGCUGAAGAAUUUGAUGAUGAUGAAAAAAUUGAGGUGGAUGACCCCCCGGACAAAGAGGAGAUGCGGGCGAGUUUCAGAGCAAAUGUCUUGGCAGGAGCUGUGUCUCAGCCGGGAUAUGACAAACUGAAGUCACUGGGAGGGGAGAACCUGAUGAAAUCCGGCAUCUCAGUUUCAAGUAGUAUAGAUAAAAACAAAGUUUCUAAACGAGAGACAGAGGCAAACUCCGUGAAUUUAAGUGUCUAUGAGCCUUUUAAAUCUCGAAAAAUGGAGGACAAAUUGCUAAAAGAUAAUUCCGAGAAGCUUCUUGAAAACAGGGUACUUGAUGGAAAACUGAGUACUGAAAAAAGCGAAACAAAUCUUGCCAGCGUUUCACAGUCCAAAGCAAAGUCAUCAGCAAAGCUUUCUUCGUGCAUUGCUGCGAUCGCGGCGCUGAGUGCUAAAAAGGCAGCUACAGAUAGUGGCAAAGAUUUACAGUCGAAUUCAGGAGAAUCCUCUCCGCUACCCAAAGACGUGAGUGAAAGUCCCCGGGCGACUGAGAAAUCACCUGAAUCUCAGAGUCUCGUUGACGGUGCUAAAAAGGCAUCUGCCAAACCUCCUGAUAGUCCCAGAAGCGUGUCAAGUGAAAACAGUAGCAAAGGGUCGCCGUCUUCUCCCGCGGGGUCAACACCAGCAAUUCCGAAAGUUCGCAUAAAAACCAUCAAGACUUCUUCUGGGGAGAUCAAGAGAACUGUUACUAGAGUGUUGCCGGAAGUUGAUCUGGACUCCGGCAAAAAGCCAGAGCAGACAGCUUCUAUGGUGACUUCCGUGACAUCGCUCCUGUCCUCGCCAGCCGCCGCUGCUGUUCUUUCCUCUCCUCCUCGAGCUCCUCUCCAGUCCGCAGUUGUCACCAACGCAAUUGCACCUGCAGAACUUGCCCCCAAACAGGUCACUAUCAAACCUGUGGCCACCGCCUUUCUCCCUGUUUCAGCGGUUAAGACGGCGGGUUCCCAAGUCAUUAAUUUGAAGCUCGCUAACAAUACGACGGUGAAGGCCACGGUCAUAUCUGCUGCUUCGGUGCAGAGCGCCAGCAGCGCCAUUAUCAAAGCUGCCAACGCCAUCCAGCAGCAGACCGUCGUGGUGCCAGCCUCCAGCCUUGCCAGCGCUAAACUCGUGCCAAAGACAGUCCAUCUCGCCAACCUUAACCUUCUGCCUCAAGGUGCUCAAACCACCUCGGAACUCCGCCAAGUGCUAACGAAACCCCAGCAACAAAUCAAGCAGGCAAUAAUUUCUGCGGCGGCCUCGCAGCCUUCUAAAAAAGUGUCUCGAGUCCAGGUGGUGUCGUCUCUACAAAGCUCCGUAGUGGAAGCGUUCAAUAAGGUGCUGAGCAGCGUCAAUCCCGUGCCCGUUUACAUCCCAAACCUCAGUCCCCCAGCCAGUGCCGGGAUAACGCUGCCAACGCGAGGUUACAAGUGUUUGGAGUGUGGAGACUCCUUUGCUCUUGAGAAGAGCCUGACCCAGCAUUAUGACAGAAGGAGCGUGCGAAUCGAAGUGACGUGUAACCAUUGCACAAAGAAUUUAGUUUUCUACAAUAAAUGCAGCCUUCUGUCCCACGCACGCGGGCACAAGGAGAAGGGAGUUGUAAUGCAGUGCUCGCACCUGAUCUUAAAGCCAGUCCCAGCAGAUCAAAUGAUAGCAUCUCCUUCGAGCAAUACUGUGGCGUCCAUGCUCCAGAGCCCUGGAGGAGCUGGCACACACGCUGUGACAAAGAUCCAGUCUGGCAUAACUGGGACAGUGAUAUCGGCCCCAGCCAGUACGCCCGUCGUCCCGGCUAUGCCGCUGGACGAAGAUCCGUCGAAACUCUGUAGGCAUAGUCUAAAGUGUUUGGAGUGUAACGAAGUUUUCCAAGACGAGACAUCUCUUGCAACUCAUUUCCAGCAGGCUGCAGACACAAGCGGACAAAAGACAUGCAAUAUCUGCCAGAUGCUGCUUCCUAACCAGUGCAGUUUUGCAUCACACCAGAGAAUUCAUCAGCAUAAAUCUCCAUACACGUGUCCUGAAUGUGGAGCAAUCUGCAGAUCUGUCCACUUCCAGACUCAUGUCACUAAGAACUGCCUGCAUUAUACCCGAAGAGUUGGUUUUCGCUGCGUGCACUGCAACGUCGUGUACUCUGACGUGGCGGCACUCAAGUCUCACAUUCAAGGUUGUCACUGUGAAGUCUUUUACAAGUGUCCUAUCUGUCCUAUGGCAUUUAAAUCUGCUCCCAGCACACACUCCCAUGCCUACACACAACACCCGGGUAUCAAGAUAGGCGAACCAAAAAUAAUAUAUAAAUGCUCUAUGUGUGACACUGUGUUUACUCUACAACCUUUGCUCUAUCGCCACUUUGAUCAGCACAUUGAAAACCAGAAGGUGUCUGUUUUCAAGUGUCCAGACUGUUCUCUUCUGUAUGCACAGAAACAGCUUAUGAUGGAUCACAUCAAGUCAAUGCAUGGAACUUUGAAAAGUGUUGAGGGGCCGCCAAACCUGGGGAUAAACCUGCCUCUCGGUACUAAACCCACAACUCAGAACUCAGCCAGUCACAACAAAGAGGACACAAAAUCUGUCAACGGCACAGAAAAGUUGGAGAAGAAAUCUCCUUCUCCCAUAAAGAAAGCAGAGCCUAAAAAAGUUGCUAACCCUGGCUGGACGUGUUGGGAGUGUGAUAGGCUCUUCACUCAGAGAGACGUUUACAUCUCUCACAUGAGGAAAGAACAUGGAAAGCAAAUGAAGAAACAUCCAUGUCGACAAUGUGACAAAUCUUUCAGUUCAUCCCAUAGUUUGUGUCGUCACAAUCGUAUCAAGCACAAAGGCAUUAGGAAGGUUUAUACGUGCUCGCACUGCCCGGAUUCAAGACGUACUUUUACCAAGCGGUUGAUGUUGGAAAAACACAUUCAGCUGAUGCAUGGCAUUAAAGACCCUGAUGUGAAAGAAAUGACUGAAUCAACCCACAUGGAAGAAAGGGAAGUAAAAGAAGACACAAAGGUCCCCAGUCCAAAGCGUAAACUGGAAGAACCCGUCCUGGAGUUCAGGCCUCCACGAGGCGCAAUCACUCAACCGUUGAAGAAGCUGAAGAUCAACGUCUUCAAAGUUCACAAGUGUGCUGUUUGUGGCUUCACGACAGAAAAUCUCCUCCAGUUUCACGAACACAUUCCUCAGCAUAAAUCUGACGGCUCUUCGUACCAGUGCAGGGAGUGCGGACUCUGCUACACAUCUCACGUGUCCCUCUCCAGACACCUCUUCAUCGUCCAUAAGCUGAAGGAGCCUCAGCCAGUAUCCAAACAGAACGGCUCCGGGGAGGAUAAUCAGCAGGAGAACAAACCCAGUCACGAGGACGGGUCGUCUGACGGCGCGGCAUCCGACAGGAGGUGCAAAGUGUGCGCAAAGACUUUUGAAACGGAAGCGGCCUUAAACACUCACAUGAGAACACAUGGCAUGGCCUUCAUUAAGUCCAAAAGGAUGAGCUCAGCUGAAAAGUGAUCAGAGUUUUUGGGACACAGAAAUCUCUCUCCGCAUUGGAACACUAAAUGACAUUUUUGCUACAGAAAGUUCACGGUAUAAUAGUGUUAAGAGUACUGUUCAGGCUGUUGCAAUAUAUUCUGCAUAAAAGUGUCCCCCUCACCUCAUUGUCUAUGCCCUCGAAACCAUUGAAGCAGUAUUUGAGUUGAAAAGAGUUUGUAUAUAUUUAAUAACUUUUAUACUCUUUGUUAUGUGUUUGUAUCUGUAUCUAGUGGAAAAUUUUGGUUUUUUUCUGUUUUGUUUCUGUUUUUUUCUAGUAAGUUUCUUUAAAACAGAGCUCUGAAGGCUGGGGCAGUUCCUUAGAUUCUCUUAAACUGUUUCUUACUUGCUGGCUUCUGGGAGAGAGCUUCGCCAGUGGAGGUGCGGCAGAAGGCGGUGCUUGGACCAGAGAGGGGAGGGGAAGCAAGCGAAGGUGAGAUUUUAAAUUCUAAGAACUUGUGCUUCUAAAUGCCUAAGGAAGCUUUUAAACUUU